AUGGAGGGGACCGCGGAGUCCCAGACACCCGACCUGCGAGAUGUGGAGGGCAAGGUGGGCAGGAAGACCCCUGAAGGGCUGCUCCGUGGGCUUCGAGGCGAGAGGGAGCCGGGGACCGCUGGCGCCCUCCUUCUGCUCCCAGGGCCCCCUAACUCGGGCCAUGGCCUGGGGGACAAGAUCAUGGAGCUGAGAAUGGAGCUGGCUUACCUUCGAGCCAUCGAUGUGAAGAUCCUACAGCAGCUGGUGGCCUUAAAUGAGGGCAUUGAGACAGUUCGCUGGCUGUUGGAGGAGCGAGGGAUGUUGACCAGCCACUGCAGCAGCCUCACCAGCAGCCAAUAUAGUCUGACAGGUGGGAGCCCAGGCCGCUCAAGACGAGGUAGCUGGGACAGCUUGCCAGAUACCGGCACCACUGACCGCCUGGACAGUGUCUCCAUCGGAAGCUUCCUGGACACAGUGGCCCCCAACGAGCUGGAUGAGCAGGGCCCCCCUGGGGCUGCUCCACCUGAGAUGGACUGGGCAAGGGUGAUACCCACUGGGGAGAGGGUCAGGACUGAGGUGGACCUGACAGCCACCAAACUAGGGGGAUUGAGGGCUGGGUGGAAGUCCCCAAGGGAGGGGCUCCAAGGUGGAGUGCCUGAGCCACCAGAGGACGAGAGUGCCAAGCUGGGAUUUGAGGUCCACUGGUACUGGGGGCAGUGCCAGGAUGACGUGACCUUCUUGUAA